ACGGAGGGGGAGUUGCAUUACUACAAAAAAAGUUGACAGCGCAACAAUCAGGCAGUGAAGCUAGAACUAGACAACCCAAGCAAGGGAAGAGAAGAGAAGAGAGGAGACGACACAAUCACACAAUCCUAAAGAUGGGUGAGAUGGCAGAUCCAAUCCAGUUCAAAGAUGAGGGGAACAAGCAUUUCCAAGCCGGUGAGGUCGACAAGGCCAUUGAGUGUUACACUAAAGCCAUCAAGUUGUGCACGGAGAAAAAGGUUCUCGCCGUUGUCUACAGGAACCGAUCAGCCUGUUUUCUGAAAAAGGAAAGCUACACCAAUGCAGCCUCCGAUGCCUCCAAAGCCAUUGACGUGGAUGCAGCAGACGUCAAAGCCCUGUUCCGGCGCUGCCAGGCUCUGGAGAAGCUGGGCAAGCUGGACAUGGCCUUUAAAGAUGUUCAGAGGUGUUCCACCAUCGAGCCCAAAAACAAGACCUUCCUGGAGACCCUCAGGAGGCUGGGGGCUGAGAUCCAAGCCAAGCUGAAGACAACAUUCUCCACAGACUCACGGGUUCAGAACAUGUUUGACAUUCUGCUUGAUGAGGAGAUGGACAAGGACAAGAAGGAAAUGGCUGCUAACAACCUGGUGGUUCUGGCCAGAGAAGAAGCUGGCGCAGAGAGAAUCUUCCAGAACAAUGGAGUGCCUCUGCUACUGGAUUUGCUUGAGACCGGAAAAGUAGAGAUGGUCCUGGCCGCUAUCCGCACCUUCGCUGGAAUGUGCACUGGACACAAAGCUCGGGCCAUGGCCAUUAUCCACCUGGUGGGCAUAGACAAGUUGUGCAGCAUCAUGGCCGUCGACAACGAGGACAUUGCCUUGGCAACCUGUGACCUGUUUCAGUGCAUCAAUGACUCCCUCACUGGAGGAGACCGGAGGUUUUAUGGGAAGGAGGAAGCCCUGGUUUUGGAUGCAAGCAAGGACUUGAAGAGCAUCCUGAUGGCCCUGCUGGAGAUGGUUGCCAGUAAGAAGGUUUCAGGACAUGGCAGAGACCAGGCCCUGAACCUGCUGACCAGAAACGUGCCUCGCAAGGACAAGAAAGACCCUGACCACUCCAAGAGCCUCUUUACGAUCGACCACGGUCUGAAGAAGAUCCUGAAGGUGUGUGGCCAGAUACCUGAUCUCCCAGACCAGCUGCCCAUGACAGAGAACACUCAGCUCAUCGCCAGCGUGCUCCUCGACAAGCUCUGGGACGACCUGCGCUGCGACCCCGAGAGAGACAACUAUAGGGAAGUCUGUGACGAGUACAUCAAAGGCAAGUUUGACCCCAACGACAUGGACAGGAACAUCCACGCCAUCAAUGCUCUGUCAGGCCUGCUGCAGGGCCCCUUCGAGGUGGGCAACCAGCUGGUGGGUCGCCAGGGCAUCAUGGAGAUGAUGGUGGCGCUGUGCGGCUCCGAGCGUGAGGUGGACCAGAUGGUCGCCGUGGAAGCGCUGAUCCACUCCUCGACCAAGAUGAGCCGCGCCUCCUUCAUCAUCACCAACGGCGUGUCACUGCUCAAAGACAUCUACAAGAAGACGAAGAACGAUAAGAUCAAAAUCCGUGCGCUGGUGGGUCUGUGUAAGCUAGGCUCAGCAGGUGGAGAUGACUAUAGUAUGAGGCAGUUUGCUGAAGGCUCCACUGAGAAACUGGCCAAGCAGUGUAGGAAGUGGUUGUGUAACUCUGCCAUGGACACGAGGACCAGGAAGUGGGCUAUAGAAGGUUUGGCCUACUUAACCCAAGACGCUGAUGUAAAAGAUGACUUUGUUGAGGACGAUCCUGCCAUGAAAGCCAUGUUUGACCUGGCCAAGUCUAAAGAUAAGACCAUCCUGUAUGCUGUGGCCUGUACCCUGGUCAACUGCACCAACAGCUAUGAGAAGAAAGACAUCAUGCCUGAGCUGGUUCAGCUGGCCAAGUUCUCCAAGCAGCACGUCCCUGAGCAGCACCCCAAGGACAAGAAAGAUUUCAUCCAGAAGAGAGUGAAGAGGAUGCUAAAGGGAGGGGUCAUCUCAGCUCUCACUGUCAUGGUGAAAGCUGACAACGUUCUCCUGACUGACCAGACCAAAGAGAUGCUGGCAAGGGUGUUCCUUGCCUUGGCAGAUGAUCCCAAAGACCGUGGCACUAUUUGCGCCCAUGGAGGGGGCAAGGCUCUGAUCCCACUGGCUCUGGAGGGAUCAGCUAUAGGGAAAGUAAGGGCCGCACAUGCCCUGGCCAAGAUCGCUGCUGUCUCCAACCCGGAGAUCGCAUUCCCUGGAGAGAGGAUCUAUGAGGUGGUGCGUCCUCUGGUCAGCCUGUUGCACCCUGAAAGAGAUGGGGUGCAGAACUACGAGGCACUUCUGAGUCUCACCAAUUUGGCUGGUCUCAACGACAAACUGAGGGUGAAGAUCCUGAAAGAGAAGGCUCUCCCUGAGAUUGAGCAGUACAUGUUUGAAGACCAUGACCAUAUCAGACAGGCAGCCACAGAGUGCAUGUGCAACCUGGUGACGUGCAAAGAGGUGCAGGAUCGGUACCUGGAGGAUGGGAAUGAUAGACUGAAGCUGCUGGUGCUGAUGUGUGUUGAGGACAAUGAAAAGCUCCAGAGAGCUGCAGCCGGGGGCCUGGCCAUGCUCACCGCUGCCCAGAAGAAGCUGUGCACCAAGAUGACCCUGGUGACGCUGCAGUGGAUGGAGAUCCUUCAGAGGCUGAUUCUCCAUGAUCAGCCCCAGAUUCAGCACAGAGGCCUUGUGAUCGUGUACAACAUGCUGAACUCGGACGACAACGAGCUCGCCAAGAAGCUGAUGGAGAGCGAGAUCCUGGAGAUCCUGACAGUGAUUGGCAAAGCAAUGGACAACCCCAAGAGGCAGAUUGUAAUCGAUGUGGCACGCACCUGCCUGGUCAAGGCCAUGGACCUCGGCCUCAUCAAGCCCUUCACAACCCCUUAAAGCAGUGUUCCUCAACCUUUUUGUAGUACCAGGGACUGGCAUGCAUUGGUCCUACCCACUCAAAGGCGCAACACCAAGUUAUUUGUCUCUUGUGGCAAUGAGAGGAAAUACAAACCCAAUCAACCAGAAACAAAUCACACACAUACAGAAAUAAGAACCUGUAUGCCAAUUCCAUUCUAGUCCAAUGAGUGCUCAUGUUCCCCCUCUUAUUUGGCGGGUACACCUGCAGAUGCCCAUACUGCCUCACUACCCUCAGUCCCCCCAAAGUGUCAGGCUAACACUUGUCACAGGACAUUGAACUUGCAGAUUGUACCUAAAACUACAACUUGAGAGCUAAUUACAGUAACUUGCUUAUGGACUGAUGAGAUUCAUCCCACAGAUCGAGGUCCAGAGAUUUAAGGUUGUAGGCCUAUGGACAUGGAGGCAAGGCGAUAGGACCGAUCCACCUGAGCAAUUAAAGCAGGGUCUGCUCUCCUGAAUUCAGAGACCAUACAAAUAUAUUUAUCUGAGUUUUCAGUCAGUUAAGUAAAGUGUAUUUGUGUUGAUGAGAGGUGUUUGUUUAAUGUAAUUUUUCACUUAAGGAUAAAGAUUGGAUUUUUAGGAAAAUAUGCUGUUUGAUUCUUGCAUGGAUUGUUAGGGUUGUCAAUAGAUACCAGACACUCAAACCCCGCCUUUCUAAAAUAUUGGUAUCGUAGUGCACGUACCUACAGUAUUUCUCCCAGUGAUGCCAAUUUAGCAAUUUUGUUGCUCGAUUUAGCAACUUUUCAGACUACCCUGGCAACUAUUUUUUCAAACGGCACCUGACAACAAAUUGACCUAGUUUUAAAAAUGUAUUUGAAAUUUUUAGCAACUUUUGAAAAGUGACUCAAACGCUAAAAUGCACGCAUUUUCCCUCUAAAUGACACAAAAAAAGAUUCUGUCACAACACGGGCCUGGCUGCAAAAGUGCGUUGUGAGUGACGUCAGCAGCAAGCGCUCAGCUGUGCACAGUAAAUUGCAAAUCAUUGUUGGCUGACUGCAGCAGCAGUAGUACGGGUUCGACUAGCCAAAACCAAUGAAUAUAGUUGGACACGAAUGUUUGAUCUUGAACAGAACUUACAACAUCAAUCAAAAUUGUACAGAAAAUAGUGGGUCUGUACCUGAACAAAUGUAAAAUAAUAUUUUUUUGCUGAGAUGGCCAGUCAAUUUGAGUAACGUCAUUGUAUUAUUCGUAAUGACACAGUUUUCAUUACGUUCUCACAAUGACAUCGCAACGUCAAUUAGCAACAAAUCAACCUGCCUCGAUGCGAUCACCAUAUAAAUUAAACGAUGAAAAAGCCUGGAAGGAGGAGAGAUGACUAGAAACGAUUCGGUUGGCCGGUUUGUGUGGAUUAAUUGUCGGAGUAGAGGUCCUUGUGCAUUUCAGGUGGGUCAGCUAUGGCGGUGGCGGUCUAUGAAGAAACUGAAUGCAGAAAACUGCCCUGCACAGGACACAAAUCUUCCACCAGAAACAAGCUCAGCACUGGAAUCUGGUACCUCCAUCUCUAGCAGUAGAGAGGUGUUGCCAGCUCCACCAACAGCUAUCCUGGAGAAUAUGAAUGAAUCUGGAGAGCUAAACCUGAACUUGGCUGAGGGAGGCAAGGGUGGGGGAAGAGUGUAGAGAGGGUAUUCACUGGUGAUGAGGAUACAAGUGGGAUUGUUAAAGAGCUGAGUUGGAACUCCGGUUACCGUGAUAAGGAGGAAAGGAGAGAUGCUUUCUCAGAGGGUGUGAGUGACACAGUCAGUGCAGAGUGGAGAGAGGGAGACUGCUUUGUCCCAGUUGGAGUAGAGGUGACUGAGAUGGCUGCUGAGGGGGAGUUUGAAGAUGGGAUGAGAGCUGAAAUGAAAGAGGGAAAGGGGACAAACAGUUAUGAGUCAGGGGAGGAGUUGGUUGCUGAGAGGGCUGUGAAGAGAAAGAUACAGAGGGAAAACUAGUCCUAGAGAAAGAACACAAGGUGGCUCCCAAGAGGAAGAAUAUAAGGAAACGCAGACGAUCAGCCAAACCUCAAUGUGACAAAGAGGCAAAUUCCAGUGCUUCCUUUGUAGAGACUGUUCUCUCAUGGCUACUGUCAGUCUUCCUAUGGCUGCAGGCAUUCUCACCAACAAUGUUAUGCUGGUCCCCAAAUAGUUUAUUUUGUAUAGUCAUGCUCGGGGUGGCAUCUGGCACUGGGGGUGUCUUUACAAGCACCGAUCACCAGAGUUUGUCAUGCAUCGCCUGCAAGAGUCCUGGAUGUGCUGCUGAUGUGACUAAGAUAUGGUGUGGAGAGGAUGAACUGUUGAAGGGGUUUACUGAUCCCACUCUGCACAAGCAUUUCCCAAAAGUCCAAGACUGUUUGCCAGCAUGCUGGUCGGACAUUUGUGCUUAUGAUUGAAGAGGGCAAGAAGUGUGAUAUGGAACAAUAUCAUGACCAUGUGCCCUCUGAAAAGACAGAGUGUCCAUCAUUGUUGGAGGCUGCUCAAGACUCAAGGUGACACCACUUUGUCAGCACCAACUCUCAAUGCUGAUAUGACUACCUCACCACCACCUGAAAAUGGUAAGAUCCAAUAGACAGAAUUACAAAGGUCAAACUGCCAUGUUUGUGCAAUUAAACAGUUUGUGAUUUUCUGUUCCCAUAGGUUCAUUGUUCGUCGGAGUCAUUGUCAUUUUAGUUAUUGGUACAUUUCAUUGAAAAGUGGGGGGGGGGGGACAAGCCUUUUGCUCCCUUGUUUCUUGCCAAUGGAAUGCUCUCCCUUACCCUCUGAGUGCUGCUCCACCAAUCCAAGCUUUUAAAAUGGGCCUUUAAAACCCACUUCUACAGACUUUUUCUCAUAGGUCUAAUCCCAAUCUGAAAACUGUUUUUUUUUUUGUGCAUCUAGCCCAUUUGCAUUUUUCUUUGCUUAAGUAGAGCCUUGAGAAGGACUCUAAGGAAAAGCACUAUGCACAUUAAAUGCAUUAUUAUUAAUAUUAGAUGGCUCUGCUACUGCUUUUCCUGUCGCCGCUGGCAUGGCUGUAGUUAAUCCUUUACUUGUAUUGCUAAAGUACUUCUACAGAAUAUGUCUUAUAAACAUGAAUUUGUAUAUUUUGUGAAGCGGGUCUUGCAGGCAUAACUAAUAUCAAUGAUUGCUUGAGGGCUAAGCUUUGAUGCUGCUGUAUCUGCUGCUGCUCUUGCCAUGGUCUCCUGUAUUCUUCUUCUGUUUAUUUCCUGGGCUUGAUUGCCUGACACUGCAGGGAUUAUCCUGUUACGAGGUGAGAUAUUAGUUUCUUUAGAAUAUCUUCCACAUUAUAUUCACCUGAUACUUAAUCAGUUCCAUGUUGAAAUUAUUGCUUCAUCUAUAGUUCCAGGUGCAGUUUAGCACCAUUAGAGCUUGCAUUACUCCUCUCAAAUGCUAGGAUCACAGUAUUAAGUCUUUGAAAGUAAUGUUUUUGAUUAAUUGGCACUUUUCUCUGUCAGGCUUUAUUGGUGUCGUUGUUGCAGUCUAUUUGAUCAGACAAAAGCAGCAGGGUGCCAGUAGAAACCAAGAUGAAGAGACUGAGAUGAGUGCUCUGAACAACGGUAUCAAUCAGAAUGGAGGUCCUGCCAAUAGAGACCAUAAUGAAGAGGUGGCUGUGAACAUGUUUGACAAUGGGGGAGCCAUCGGCAGUAAUGAGGGCCCGUGGAGCUGUCUCCGGCAGCAUGGUUAGCAAAGAGACUAUGGUACUAAUUGACCUGGCUCGUCUAUGAAGUGCCACAUUUUGAACAUGAACAUAAAAAACACAUCUUACAUUUUCAUUUCAACAGAGUGCGUGUUUGUGUAACUUGUGUUUUCAACAUAUUUCAGUGUGGAACAUAGAUGGCAUAAGACCCUGAUUUUAUUGAUCAGUGAAAAUGGAAUGCAAAUUAUUAAGGGAACUGCUUUGGGGCUUCACAUUUUUUGCUUUUUUUCCCAUCCUAUGGCUUACCUGUCCAUAUUUGUUCAAAUAAAUGAAAGAAUUAUGAACAAUUAGGUUGUCAUUCAAUCAACUCUAUGUUAAUUGCAGCAAUUAUAUAUGAGUUAUUCUACUUUUAAUUGUAGCCCUUGAGAUUUUGAGUGAACUCUGAUUUGGUUUUCACAUGCAUUUCUUUAUCCUUACUAGCAGAUUUUGAAAGUUUUAUGUUGAUACUUCACUUGAAUAGCUGUAGACACAUGACCUUAUACAUUUUUUAUCAUUAUGUAAUCUUUUGGGUAAGUUUGAGGAAAUCUCCUUGUAACCUGUCAAUAAUAAAACCUCAUAACACACUGUGUUUAACAUUCAUAAAACCCUA